AAGAAAAUCAACAAUCGGUCCGAGAAUCGAUAAGUUUUACACAUCUCGAAUAUUUUGUUCUUUUCCUCCGUGGUUUUCGACUAAUAAGAUGGCUCCAACUGCCAAGACCAACAAGGGUGAUACCAAGGCUGCCAAGCCGGCUGAGAAGAAGGCUGCUCCAGCCGCAGCCAAGGGCAAGGUUGAGAAACCAAAAGCCACUGAGGCUGCCAAGCCAGCGGCGGCUGCUGCUAAGAACGUAAAGAAGGCGCCGGAAGCCGCUAAGGACGUGAAGGCGGCCGCAGCGACCAAGCCCGCGGCCGCUGCUAAGCCAGCUGCUGCCAAGCCCGCCGCUGCUAAGGAGGCCCCCAAGAAGGCACCAGCUCCUGCUGCUGCGGCGCCCAAGAAGGACGCCAAGGCGGCGCCCGCUGCUACCAAGAAGGCAGCUGCCGCCCCAGCAUCUGCACCGCCAGCUAAGAAGGCAGCUCCCGCUGUCGCCAAGGCUGUACCAGCAGCAGCUGCUGCUGCUGCCGCCGCCGUCCCAGCUGCUGCCGCUGCGGCCAAGCCCGCUGCUAAGCCGGCUGUUGCCAAGCCCAAGCCUAAGGCUGCCACACCCGCAGCGCCCAACAAGGUUGUCAAGAAGAGCGUGCUCCGCGGUAAGGGCCAGAAGAAGAAGAAGGUCUCGCUGCGCUUCACCAUCGACUGCACCAACAUUGCCGAGGAUCACAUCAUGGAUGUGGCCGAUUUCGAGAAGUACGUGAAGGCGCGCCUCAAGGUGAACGGCAAGGUGAACAACCUGGGCAACAAUGUCACCUUCGAGCGGUCCAAGAUGAAGCUCCAUGUUAGCUCCGAUGUGCACUUCUCCAAGGCCUACCUCAAGUACUUGACCAAGAAGUACCUGAAGAAGAACAGCCUGCGUGAUUGGAUCCGUGUGGUUGCCAACGAGAAGGACUCGUACGAGCUGCGCUACUUCAGAAUCAGCUCCAACGAUGAUGAGGAUGAUGACGCGGAGUAAAGAUGCAACAUUACCAAUAGCAACAACAAA